AUGGAGGCCAUAACACCCCCCAAACAUCUCUUCAGCUCAUGGGCCGACGAUUCAUCACUCAUACGUAAAAUGGAUUUAUGGACAUCACUAUGUCUCGGCAUUAUCCUCAUCAGCGUCUUCACGAUGAUACCCCACAUUCGCAAGCCUUCUCGCAAACUCCCCUCCGUCAACCCAGGGCGACUGUUCGAUUUCUUCAACCAAAAACGGAAGAAGGGUUUCUUGAUGAAUGCUCGUCGUAUCAUGGAAGACGCCCGAACUCAAUUCCCCGGCCAGCCUUACAGACUCAUGACGGACGUUGGUGAAACAGUUGUCAUUCCGCCGGAUCUAGUUCACGAUAUUCGCAAUGAGCCAGGGUUGAGCUUUUCAAAGGCUUUCGCAGACAACUUCCACCCUCAACUGAAUGGAUUCGAAGGGUUCGCGGUUGGCAACAGACCGGACGGACUUUUUCAGCUUGUCAUCAAAAAGCGCAUCACCAAAUUACUCAGUAGGUUUUCGCUCUCCAUCACGAAGUUGCCCUCUUCUUACCCCACACCCCACAUUGAGACCCCACGUUACAGCAACACACCAUCACAAUACUUACACGAUGAUGCAGAUCAAAUCACGGAGCCUCUUGCGUCGGAAACCAGAUUUGCUGUCGAUCACAUCUUCGGCAAGCCCACCGAUUGGCAAGAGUACAACACCAAAGACACCAUUCUCGACCUCAUCUGCCGCCUUUCCUCCCGCGUUUUUCUCGGCGAUGAAGUAUGCCGCGACGAAGCAUGGCUCGCUAUAACAAAGUCCUACACCGUGAAUGCAUUCCUCGGCGCCGAGAUCCUGCGUCCCUACCCAUACUGGCUGCGUUACGCCGCCAACUUGAUCCUCCCUGAGUGCAAAACUCUUAGGCGGCAGGUAUCUGAUUCUCGAGACAUCAUUGAGCCGGUGCUUCAAAAACGUAGAGAUGCGCGACAGCAGGCUAUCGAGAGGGGCGAGCCGGCACCGAAGUUUAAUGAUGGCAUUGAUUGGUUCGAAGAGGAGAGUCAGGGGCGGGAGUAUGAUGUUGUUGGGGCGCAGCUGGGUCUGUCGGUCGUUGCAAUUCAUACCACCACGGAUCUACUCGUGGAGACGAUGCUACGCAUUGCAGAGAACCCGGAGUUAUUUGAUGCCCUUAGGAAGGAAAUUGUUGAAGUUCUGACCGCUGAAGGCUGGAAGAAGACGGCUCUUUUCAAUAUGAAACUCAUGGACAGCGUCUUGAAAGAGUCACAACGACUGAAGCCAGUCACAUCUGCAAUCAUGGCCCGCAUGGCAACCCGCCAAGUGACCCUCCCCAACGGCCUCAAACUCCAAAAAGGAGAACGCUGCGUCGGCGACCUAGGCAAGAUGCACGAUCCCUCCAUCUACCCGAACCCCGAAGCCUUCAACGGCUAUCGCUUCCUCGAGAUGCGUGGCGACCCGAAGCUUGAUAGCCAAGCCCACCUCGUCAGCACAUCACCCUCGCACCUCGGUUUCGGCCAUGGCCAGCACGCGUGCCCGGGUCGCUUCUUCGCCGGCAACGAGCUCAAGAUUGCGCUGGCGCAUUUGCUGAUGAAGUUUGACUGGAAGUUGACGCCUGGGUAUGAGCAUCAGUGGCAGGAGUGGGGGUUUGCGUGGAACUCGGAUAGUACGGCGAAGCUAUUGUUUAGGAGAAGGGAGGCGCCGGAGAUUGAUAUUGAUGCGAUAUGA